AUGGAGGAUGCUGGAGUGUACGUCUGCAGUGUUAUUGUCAGGCAACAUCAACAACAACAUCCACAACAACAACAUCCACAACAACAUCCACAACAACAACAACAACAGCAUCCAAGAGACUACAUAGCUUGUAUAACUCAACUUUCAGUUGUCACAAUAACUCUAUCAGCCAAUAGGAAUGCGGUGAACGUCGGCCAGCCAAUAAUAUUGAGGUGCCAAGUUUUCGGUAGCUAUGGCAACCUAGACAACAACAUCAUUCCUAGCAACGACAUCCACAACAACAACAACAUCAUCAUCAACAACAACAAACAAAAAGCAUUUCCGACCAAAAAAUUGUUGCAAUAA